GAUUUCUUUGAGGAUAAGUUCUCUCUUUGUAUGCAACCUCCAACCUCCUUUGGUCGGAUUUCGAGUGGGGAAACGAAGGGCCGAAGUGACGUUUGUGACAGUUCGUCACUGUUUGUCACGCGCACGUGUCGGCGAGGCAAUAGCCAAGUCUGUCUCGCGUACAUACAUCUACGUGGAGAUCGAGAGACAGCCGCGUGCGGACAGUCAUGACCGCUCGUGGUAAUCGAAUACCUAGAACAAGUGUCACUGAUGAUCAAUAUAUCGCGUCCACGCUGCCGCUCGUCACCGAUUGAAGUCCGAGUAGCCAGCUGAUUUGUACACAUUUAUCAUCAUCAUCAUCAUCAUCAUCGCGAUGACCAGCAAAAAGGGUCACACCCUCCGCAUAGAGUCCGAGAUCGAUAGGAAUCGCGAGGAGGGUAACUGGAAGAAGGUUAUAGAGCUGGCGGAACAUCUAAAAGUGCAAUAUCCCAGCAACGAAUGUUUGGCAAACUUCUUAUGUGGAGAGGGAAGAUUGGAGAGUUUCUUAGAGCAAACUCCACCAAUAGAUGCCAAUAUCAACAAAGCUCGAAACGGACUGGUCGAAACACGAAAGUACUUGAUACUAGCUGCUAAUGAAAAAGAUAAACAGGCUUUAGUUGUACUGGAUGCCCAUCUACUACUUGGAAAACUUCAUUAUGCAAUGGGAAUGUAUGAGGAUGCGCUUCAUCACUAUCAGCAAGCUGAAUUAGACACACUCACAGAAAAGCAAUUACCUUGUCGAAGUUUGCGUAUUAUAGCAGAAUCAUAUGCAAUUAAAGGUCUCUGUCUUGAAAGACUGCCACCAAAUUCCAAGUCGAAAUACAAGAUUGCAGAAUGGCACGAGCAAAUAAUCAAGUGUUACGAGGUUUCUGGCGAUUUGACGCUAGUGUAUUUACAAGAGCAGGACAAAAUUGCUAUGCAACAACAAAAUGGUAUUUCUACCAUAAGCACAAACAAUACAGGUACGGGUACAUAUUCCACGCAGACUCCAGUCACCACAAAACAUAUUGGCCCCAUCCUUGAGACCGCGUUGCAAAGAGCGCCGAUAUUGUACAUUCAAACUGGCAACAUACAAGCCGCUAUUAAUCGUUACAGAGAAGUUUUAUCCUCCGUCGAAUCUACAGCCACGCAGAGUCUGCGGGUAACUCUGACGAGACAGUUGGCGGAGGUAUUGGUGCGCGGCAUAAGUGGCGCCGAUUACAAACCACCAGAGGGACAAGGGGACACAAUAGCCGCUGUGAGUAAUAGACGGGCAAACCAUUACUCGGCAUCGGAUUCGCCGUGGAAACCAAAGUACGCGGGACCGAAUAUGUUUGUUCCACGAAACGAAUAUGAGGAAACGAUUCUAUUAUUGUUGAUCAGCGAGGCGAUGGCGGUGAGGGAUGCGGUUCUCAGUCAAUCGCCCGAAUUCAAGGAAGCCCGGAUACACGCAUUCGAAAAUGCCACCGCUGUCUAUGAUCUGCUUACGGUCGUCGUCGUUAGAUGGAGUCAAGUGGAACUUUUAUAUGAGUCAUUCGAAAGAGCGAUGAAAUUCUCUCACGAGGAGGCGCAUAUAUGGACGCAGUAUGCAUUAUGCCUGAUAAGUAUGGGGAGAUAUAUGCACGCGUAUAGAGUUUUGAAAGUAGUCGCGAGAUUGUCGCCUCAAAAAGUAAUGCCCUGUCUAUUGGCCGCGAGGCUGUGCUACGAGCAAUUGAACAUGUUAAGCGAAGGUGUCGAAUGGAGCCAGAAAGCUCUUCAACGGGAGACAGCUAGUCCACAGGGGAUGCAAUCCAGAUGUCAUUUGUACAUCGGAAUCGGUCACAGUAUGCUCUCCGCGAAUACGAUUGUGAAGCAGGAUAAGGUGAAUCAUACGAAUACCGCCUUAGAAUGUUUUCAAAAAGCGCAACAGUGCGAUCCGAAUGAUCAUUUAGCCGAGUAUUAUCUGGCUCACGAGUACGCGAUAAACAGACAGAUAGCCGACGCUAUUGUGCACGUGAAGAUUGCGCUGAAUUUACGGGCAGAACACAUUCCGUCGUUGCAUUUAUUCGCGUUACUUUUAUCGGCGCAUAAACAGUAUUCCGAGGCGUUGCACGUAAUAAACAGCGUAUUGGAGGAAUAUCCCGACAACUUGAAUUUCCUCUACGUGAAAGCGCAUCUCGAAUUGCGAAGUAUCGGCGGCGUGGACGCAUUAUACACCAUCAGCCACAUGUUGCACUUAUGGAAAAAUCUCUACGAGGAUCAGACAAACGUUAAUUGUAACGAGCAGCAAAGCGAGAGACGUAGCGAAACCAGAAGCGUCUUUCAACUUUACACAUCAGAGAUGUCCGACAAAGAUUCUAGUUCUCUACAUGCGCAAUCGCUAGCCGCUUCAAGAGUCGAGCAAGCCCUUUCCGAAGUCGCCUCGUCGAUUAGCUCGUUUACACCAAAGCCAGGGCCGCAGAGGGCGUGGCUACUGCAACUGCAAAUCUGGCUCUUACUCACGGAGGUUUUUCUUAUCUUGGACCAGCCAAACGGCGCCGUUCUGUCUCUCCAAGAAGCUACCAAUAUCUUUCCGCUGAGCCACCACAUUAUGUAUACGCGUGGCCUUCUGCAUGAAUAUAAGCUGGAAUACACGGAAGCUAAGCAAUGCUACCAAAAUGCUGUUUCAAUUAAUCCUUCACACAUAAAGAGUCUACAACAUUUGGGUCUUAUAUAUCACUAUUUGGGCAGUCAGAGACUGGCUGAAAAGACCUUGAGGGACGCCGCGAAAAUCGAUCCAAAUUCCCAUCAGACUUGGUACAAUCUGGGAAUGGUGUUGGAAUCAUUGGGUGAAGUGGAGGCUGCUAGCGAUUGUAUGGCUACGGCAUUGGAGGUCGAGACGACAAAUCCCAUCUUACCGAUUCUAUCGAUACCGGUGACCUUCGAGUGAUUGAAGAAAGAAGAUAGAGAAAGAGAGAGAGAGAAAAAAGUCUCCGAUUUUUCUUAGGAUAAUAAAACUCGACGAGAUCACGGUUUAUCUCUCUCAGUGUAUCUCCGCGGGCAUUUUCUCGCCUUCCCAUCAAUAGUACCUGGACACGUUGUACUAUUGUAUAAACUUAUUGUUGAAAGAAAAAAAGAGAUACUUUUUAAAUGUACAAAUAGUUGCAGUUGAUGUAAUAAAUUCGAAUAAAGUCUUACCUCUCGAUUCCGA